CCCCUUUGUUCGGCGGGAGGCGGCGGCGCGCAGCCCCACCGCUUUGUCCGCCGCCGCCGUCGGGAGCCGCUCGUCCCGGCGCGCCGGUUUGAGCCAACUGCCUGGUCAGGAUGAGCUGGAGUUUCCUCACGCGGCUCCUGGAGGAGAUCAACAACCACUCGACCUUUGUGGGCAAGAUCUGGCUGACCGUCCUCAUCGUCUUCCGCAUCGUGCUGACGGCCGUGGGGGGCGAGUCCAUCUACUACGACGAGCAGAGCAAGUUCGUCUGCAACACGCAGCAGCCAGGCUGUGAGAACGUCUGCUACGACGCCUUCGCCCCGCUCUCCCACGUCCGCUUCUGGAUCUUCCAGAUCAUCAUGGUGGCCACACCGUCGGUCCUCUACCUGGGCUUCGCCAUGCACCGCAUCGCCCGCAUGCCCGAGUCCUUGCGGCGCCGGGCACCGGCAGCCCGGCAGGCACGCAUGCCAGUAGUGCGCCGGGGAGCCGGGCGGGACUACGAGGAGGCGGAGGACGAUAAUGAAGAAGACCCCAUGAUCUUUGAGGAGAUCGAGGUGGAGAAGGAGAAGAGCCCGGAGGGCGGGGAGAAGCAUGACGGCCGGCGCCGCAUCAAGCAGGACGGGCUGAUGCGCGCCUACGUCCUGCACUUGCUGUGCCGCUCGCUGCUGGAGACGGCUUUCCUCUUUGGGCAGUACCUGCUGUACCGCUUCGAGGUGAGCCCCUCCUACGUCUGCAGCCGCAGCCCCUGCCCGCACACCGUCGACUGCUUUGUCUCCCGCCCCACCGAGAAGACCAUCUUCCUCCUCGUCAUGUACGCCGUCAGCGGGCUCUGCCUCUUCCUCAACCUCUGCGAGCUCGUGCACCUCGGCGUGGGGCGCAUCCGGGAUGCCCUGAGCCAGCCCGAUGGCCCCCCGCUCCCGGUUGGCGGUAGCCCCGCGCCACAGUACCACAAAGCCCCCAGUGCACCCCCCACCUACCACUCGCUGAAAAAGGAGCUGCCGCGAGCUCCGCUGCCCGAUGGCAAGCUGGACUACCGGGAGAGCCUGGCCCAGGUGGCGGCAGCCGGGUGCUUCGCCCUGGCCGGGCGCGAGCACCUACGCCUGGCCCAGGAGCACCUGGAGGUGGCCUUCCACCUCCAGCCCCCCCCCCCGCGGCCCCCCAGCCCUGCCCGCAGCAGCAGCCCCGAGGCCAACGGCAUCGCCGCCGAGCAGAACCGCCUCAACCUCGCCCGAAAGGGGACCGCUGCCUGCGAGAGGACCACGGCAUCUUCUCCUCACACCUCCCCGUGCCCUCCCGUGCCCACCGCCACCCGCCGCUGCGCCGGCCGGUGCUGUACAUUGUCGGGCCAUGCUGGCGAUGCCGGUAUUGCCCCCCGCGGCGUGGGGGUUUAG